CCAGGAUGCGGAGAGUGCUGUGGAGCUGCCUGUCUGCGGUGCUGGGGCUGCUGCUCUGGCACCCUGCCGGCGCCAUCAGCCCUUGCUGGGAAAGCACCAAAUGCCAGGAUAUCACCAGCGAGGCCGGCAUUCUGGCAUGUGCUGCAGCAUGCAGAGCCGACCUGUCAGCCGAGGAGCCCGUCUACCCGGGCAACGGGCACCUCCAGCCCCUCUCCGAGAGCAUCCGCAAGUAUGUCAUGAGCCACUUCCGCUGGAACAAGUUCGGCCGGAGGAACAGCAGCAGCGGUGGGGGGCACAAACGGGAGGAGGCCACGGGGAGCAACCCACCUCCCACAUCCCUGCCCGUCAUCCCACUGUCCCGCCGCGAGGAAGAGCAGGGAACCGGGCUGGAGCGGGAGGAAGGCAAACGCUCCUACUCCAUGGAGCACUUCCGCUGGGGAAAGCCAGUGGGACGCAAGAGGAGACCCAUCAAGGUCUACCCCAACGGGGUGGAGGAGGAAUCAGCCGAGAGCUACCCACUGGAGUUCAGGCGGGAGUUUUUUUUACCUGAGAAGGAAGAGGAGGAAAGCCAGGAGGAGGAGAAGGCGGCCGGCGGCUUGUACCGCAUGCACCAUUUCCGCUGGCACACCCCUGUGAAGAGCAAGCGCUACGGGGGCUUCAUGACCUCGGAGCACAGCCAGACCCCUCUAGUGACUCUCUUCAAAAACGCCAUCAUCAAGAGUGCCUACAAGAAGGGGCAGUGA